GCGCUCGUCCGGGCUUUUGACGAAAGGCAGAAGCUUCUGUUUUCCCUAUUUCGUAGUCCUGGACGAGACUUUCUCUGUCCUUUAUUCCACCGUCGCUUUUGAACGUUGUUUCCGUCCGUGAUGAUGGCAUCCUUGGAAUUGAUUGGAGGGUGUGUUUCUCGGAGGUUUCGCUUCAGGGCUGCAGUUUUAUAGCGAUUACUUCUCCAUUUUUCAUAAGUUCUCUGGAUUGAGGGCCAUCGAAUAUGGACGCUGCUGUUGAGGGUGAGAGAAAGACCCAACCGGAGAAUGGUAAGGAUGGAGAAGGAAAUGACAAGAAAAUGAGCUUCGCCGCGAAAGACGGGGGCUCCAAGAGCUUCGGAAAUAAGGAGGUCUUCUUCAGGGCCGAUAAGAUUGACCUGAAGAGCUUGGAUUACCAAUUGGAGAAGCAUCUCAGCAGGGUCUGGUCUAGGACAAGUAAGGAGGCUCAGGGGCCCAAGGCUGAAUGGGAGAUCGAUUUAUCGAAGUUGGAGGUCAAGAAUGCCAUUGCACACGGCACCUUCGGCACAGUUUAUCGGGGAGUUUACAACGAACAAGACGUUGCAGUGAAGCUGUUGGACUGGGGAGAAGAUGGUCUUGCCAAUGAGCAUGAAACUGCUUCUCUUCGUGCAUCAUUUCGACAGGAAGUUGCUGUUUGGCACAAGCUUGACCAUCCAAAUGUGACCAAGUUUGUUGGAGCAUCAAUGGGAACUUCAGAGCUCAAGAUUCCAUCAAGAAGUUCUUCCAUCAACGGUCAUGAGGCAAUACCAGCAAGAGCAUGUUGCGUCGUUGUGGAAUAUCUGCCUGGCGGAACUUUAAAGCAAUUUUUAAUAAAAAAUAGGCGCAGAAAACUUGCUUAUAAGAUUGUGAUCCAGCUUGCUUUAGACCUCGCCAGAGGGCUCAGCUAUCUCCACUCAAGAAAGAUCGUACACCGUGAUGUUAAAACAGAGAAUAUGCUCCUUGAUACAACAAGGACUCUUAAAAUUGCUGAUUUUGGUGUGGCGCGUGUUGAAGCUCAAAAUCCAAAGGACAUGACUGGUGAAACUGGUACACUUGGUUACAUGGCUCCAGAGGUCUUAAAUGGCCAGCCAUACAACAGAAGGUGCGAUGUCUACAGCUUUGGUAUCUGUUUGUGGGAGAUCUACUGCUGUGAGAUGCCUUACCCAUACCUUACCUUUGCAGAAGUAUCCUCUGCUGUUGUGCGACAGAAUUUGAGACCGGAGAUUCCUCGGUGCUGCCCAAAUUCACUGGCCAACAUAAUGAAAAAAUGUUGGGAUGCGAAUCCCGAGAAGCGGCCGGACAUGGAUGAGGUUGUCAGAAUGCUCGAGUCACUUGACACUAGCAAAGGAGGAGGCAUGAUCCCUGACGACGAGGCCAACGGCUGCUUCUGCUUUGUGCCGCAACGGGGUCCAUGACGAUUCUCACUCAUCAGAGUUUCACUACGUAGUUCCAUCAUCUGUCACAUGUAAAAUCUGAAUUGUUGGUUUCAUCAAAAUGCAUGAAUCUGUAAAUCCCAGUACGUAAGAAUUUGUGUGUGAGAAUUGUGAAGAAUUUGGCUCCCUGGAGGCAGGUUGGCAAUAACUGAUGGAACAUGAACUGAUCAGACGUCCACCAUUAAGUUCAUUUUAUUCAAAACCAUGACCUUGAGAAUUUGGCAUGCCCAUGAUGUACGUUGUCAGCAGGUUGUUCAAACAAAAAGUGCUUUUCUUCUGGAUUUGUAGAUUGAUGCUUUUAUUUAAUCCAUUUGUGAAUGUGAAAAAUUAA